AUGACUAAUAGAUCACAGGAUAAACAUAUACUGGUUAACCGAGAUGCCCUUAUUGACGGAACUAUAGUUUCUGUGUUAGUGACUGGGAGUGCUAUCACUUUAUAUAAAGGUUAUACCUGUUACCUGAAGCAACUAACUAAUGCAAGUCAAAUACCCACAAAGGUGUUUCGGAGAAAGUGGCUAUAUGGCAAGGUGACGUCUGUUGGAGAUGGUGAUAAUUUUCAUUUCUUCCAUAUGCCUGGAGGUGUACUUGGUGGAUGGGGAUGGAUUAGAGCUGUACCAAAGUUGACUAAGAACGAGAAGAAAACAGCUUCUCUAUCGUUUCAUUGGGGCACCAACAAGUUAAAACAACAAAAUGCUACCUAUAAAAACAAACGUAAUCUACCGACAAUUUCUGUUCGUGCUUGUGGCAUAGACGCUCCUGAAUGCGCACAUUUUGGAAAUCCUGCUCAACCGUACAGCGAAGAUGCCCUAAUAUGGUUACGCCAUCGCAUAUUAGGUAAAAAACUAUGGAUUAAACCGUUGAAAACUGAUCAAUACGGAAGAUGCGUAGCCAGUAUACGAAUAUGGACAUGGUUGGGCUAUUCAGAUAUAUGCUUAGAAAUGAUAAAAGAAGGAUUAGCUGUAGUAUAUGAAGGAAAGACAGGUGCGGAAUUUGAUGGUAGAGAAGGUAAAUAUAGACGUCAUGAAUUUAUUGCCAGAGCUAAAAAGAAAGGCCUUUGGUCUCAAAAGAGAUUACAGACACCAGGAGAGUAUAAAAAACGAUAUCAAUGA